UCAGCUGUUGUAAAACAGAUAAACAAAAUUACAAGGAUCUCCCUCAAAGAUUUUAUGCAAACAAUAACUGAUAGUGCUAAAGUGAAGUGUAAUUUUGUGAAUUAAAUAUCUUUAACAUUCUUGUCGACUUUUAAUUUAACUAUUCUACGUUUUUUAAGAGAAAGAAUAGACAAAAUGCCGCCAAUCCUCUACAAAGCAGACGCCAGUCCACCAGCGAGAGCAGUGAUGAUGGUUAUAGAUAUUUUAGGGAUAAACGUCGAACAGAGGAAUUUGAAUCCAGUAUUACGAGAACAAGACGCUCCAGAAUUCGUUAAGAAAAAUCCAAUGAGGACUAUCCCAUGGUUAGACGAAGGCGACUUCUGGUUGGCUGACAGCCACGCUAUAAUGAUUUAUUUAAUAGAAAAAUACGGUAAACCAGAACAUUCCAAGUUAUACCCGACUGACACCAGAAAGCGCGCCACUGUUCAUCAAAGGUUGUUCUUCGAUUGUGGGAUCCUGUUCCAAAGACUGAGAGCUGUGAUGGCACCAACAUACAUGGGACGUCUAACAGAGAUGUCAAAAGGCAUGAUUAGGAACAUUUCCGACGCAUACGAAAUGCUUGAGGGCUAUUUAUCGGAGAAUUUGUAUAUGGCCGACGAAGUUAUUACCAUUGCGGAUAUAAGCAUAGCGUCUACAAUGGCAACACUGGUUGGAUUAGUUGCGAUUGAUGCAAAGAGAUUCCCCAAAUUAACCCAAUGGUACAAUAAUAUGAACAAACAGGAUUAUUGUGUAAGGAUUAACAUUCCUGGAGGCAAAGAACAUUCCGACGGACUGAAGGCUUUAAUGGCAAAUACUAAGUUUCAUCAGAAAUCUAAGAUUUAAUACUAAAGUAUGUUUAAGGUUAAAGGAAAUUUUUACUGAGAUUUUGAAAAAUCAAAACAGCAAAACUCGUCAUAAGAUAAAAUGUAUAUUUUGUAUCAUUAAUAAUUAAUAAUAUUAAAUAAAUCCAGCUAUUUAUAUUACAAGGUUCAAAGCAGGGUUUCCAAAAACAAAAUACAGUAUAAGAAUCA